ACUCAGGAACGGCACUGUCCUUCCUGUCCUUUCUAGCCGGUCUUUCUAACUUGGAAGCGUCGCUAUUCCCUAAGGUUGCCUUCCGAUGAAAAUAACGAACGACGUUUGACCGCCGUCCGUGAAAGCCGACGAAUAAGUCGCUUAACGGCCCGCCUAAAUUGCUCACCCUCAGAGCUCGGAUUGCUAUCGAAGGGCAGGCGAUCGUGCGAGAUUGGAAUCCGUUGGAUAAAUAAUUGAUAGCCCAUUGGUAAGUAGAAGGAUGGAUAGACUUUCGAACAUUUGUCCCGAUCGUUCCGAUCGCUUUAAUCGAUUGAGAUUACUACUUUGUUCUUAUCGUCAAGUUCCAAGAAAAUUCAAAGUAGUACAAACGUAGUAAGUUCAGUCAAAAGUUCGUUUGAAAAAUCUCUUGGAGUUACCACUAGUCCGACUGUAGUAGAUACGAUUGUGAGUAGUCAGCCACGCACUCGGUACGUAUAUAGUUAGUCCGGUAGGUACAGUCAGAUCGCUCGACCAGAUCUCGCGUGCUCGAAAAGGAGCCAAAAGGUGGGACAAGAAAAGUAGGUAGAAGACCGCAUCCUCGUGUCGACGAGGAGAUACCGGAACGGGGUAAAGUUGGUUGGUCCUCAUAGUAGUCUCUUGGUGGAGGGUUCCGACAGGAAUGGAGUUGGAGUUUCAAGAGAGAGAAAGAGAGAGAUAGAAAUAAAGAGAAUGUAUGUGUGUGAGAGAAAGAGAGAGAGAGAGAGAGAGAGAAAAAGAGAGAAAGAAGGAGAGAGACGUUAGGAAGGCGGGGGUGUCGGAUCGAAGAGGUGGAUGCAAAGAGAGAAACGGGUGGUCGCGGUUAGCGACACCCAUACGAAGGCAGGAAGAAAGAUGGCCGACGAGGCGAAAGGGAUCGAACGCAUGCGCUAACAUUUCGAAGCUCCGCCUUCCGUUCGUCGUUGCGGUUUGACAACCCCUCGUUCUAUAUCGUAGUCUUCACCCCACCACUACUAGCACCCGGAGUAAACCACCCCUUAGAGGAGCACCCUUCACCCACUCCCACCCCCUCUUUGGAAGAGUUCAUCCGCAGAGCACUCUUCGCCGGCCAGUCAGCGCCAAAAAGUGCGGAGCUCUAGGACCAGAUCCACGUACGGUCCUGCGCGAUUCAAGCCACGGUUUUAUAUGAUUUGAUCAGUGGCUUUCUGUCGAGUCAACAUUCGCUGCUUCGCUGUGUUAACGUUAUUUUAUGAUUAAGUUAAAUAAAAAAAUAAACAUAAAUAAAUAAAAAAUCAUUGUCGAUCUUAAUCAACGUUGAGGAAUAACCGUGUUCACUUUCGAACACGAACGAUAGAUUUUCGAGAUAUAAGCAGAGAGGGAGAGAGAGAAAGAGAAAAAGAGAGCGAGAGAGAGAGAGAGAAAAAGAGAGAGAGAGAGAGAGAGAAAGGAGAGACGGUUGUUGUUCGGUGACAAAAAAAAAGUGAAUACAUCCCUUAAAGGAAUCAACGAAGGAAAGGUGUCGCGAAAUAUUUUUGUGACUAUUUCGAUGAUCGUGCUAGAUCGUGGUGUGCAUCAUGCAGGAGUUUAAGUCAACGUUUCGACAGACGUUGGCUCAGUUGGACGGACUAAUUUGUUGAUCGAGAAUGCGGAAUUUGACAAUGUGACGAGGAAGAAGACGAAGAAGAAGAAGAAAAAAAUAAAUAAAACAGUCUCAAAAACGAUAAAAGCUAAGGAGAGAAAGAAAGAGAGAGAGAGAGAGAGAGAGAGAGAAAGAGAGAGAGAGAGAGAGAGAGAAAGAGAGUGAGAGAAAGAAGGAAUUUGGAUUGUAGAUUUCCGAUCUCAGACUUUCUACAGAUGCAAAGAAUCCUCGUAAGACAAUUGAUGAGCGGCCGUCGGUGUUGGUGCGAUUGUUUCCUUUCAAGCUGCUGCCGGUUUUAGGCCUAACGUGCGCGCGCGCGCGUGCGGUGUGAAGCGAGUCGGUGAAAACCGAUCACCGGCAGCGGCAGGAUGAUGUACUCGCCGGACAAGAUGAUGGGAAGCAAGGGACUCCACGGGGCACCGAUCACCGCCCCUGGUUGCUUCCCUUCGGGCAGGUAUUCUCCACCACCAUAUCGUGCCGCACCGGAUCCUAUGCCGCCGCCGCCGCGACGCUGUAUGCCCAAUCCCACGAGUCGUAUAUUGGAAGAUGCAUCCAUAAUGUGCAAUUCUUGGUCACCGAGGCAUAACGGUGACUUAUUCGGGGGCUUGAACAGCGGUCUGCAAGACGGCUUACUUUCAAGGGCGGAGGCUUUAGCUGCGGAUUUGGGAAAGCACAACGCGGGCACUCCAAUGCCUUUGAAACACGAUCCGGUUUCCGUCUACCAUCAUGGUGCUCACAUGCCAACCCCCCAUCCAAAUAACCGGCCGCAUCAUCAGGUACAAUCACACCUCUUUUACAUAAAUUACCUGUUGCAGAUGAGUCACCCUGGAAUGGAAAGCCUGGACAUGUUGGAUCCAGCAAAUUCCAUGACGACCUUGACGCCAAUGUCUGAAGGAGCUGGUGGUGGUCCGGGUCAUCACGCAGGUAUACAUGGACCUUCGGUGUAUGGUGGAAUGAACGGGAUGAUGGGACAUCAUCAUCAUCACGGUAAUCUUGGGGGUGGAGGUGGAAGUGUACCGCAUCCUGCUCAUCAUCAUCCAGCAAUGGCGGCAGCAGCAGCAGCGGCAGCAGCAGCGGGUCUUCAUCCUGACGCUGAUACAGAUCCACGAGAGUUGGAGGCGUUCGCAGAACGUUUCAAGCAGAGACGUAUCAAAUUGGGCGUGACACAAGCCGAUGUAGGCAAGGCUUUAGCGAAUUUGAAGUUACCAGGUGUGGGUGCACUUUCUCAAUCGACAAUAUGUCGUUUCGAAUCGCUCACUCUCUCACAUAACAAUAUGAUAGCACUAAAACCGAUACUCCAAGCCUGGCUGGAAGAAGCCGAGGCUCAAGCAAAAAACAAAAGACGUGAUCCAGACGCACCAUCCGUUUUACCAGCCGGUGAAAAAAAACGUAAGAGGACUAGCAUCGCCGCGCCGGAAAAACGCUCGCUCGAAGCAUACUUCGCGGUACAGCCCAGACCAUCCGGUGAGAAAAUUGCCGCGAUCGCGGAGAAGCUCGAUCUUAAGAAGAAUGUCGUCAGGGUCUGGUUUUGUAAUCAACGACAGAAGCAGAAGAGGAUGAAGUUCGCGGCUCAGCAUUGACCCGAGGGUGGCUUGUGACAGCAGAACUGACCCUACCAGUUGCCCAGUCUCGAGCCGAAACCCGAACCCCUGACUGAAUUUCAGGGCUGGCCGUGAAGAUUCAAAAAAAAGUUUUUCUUCGUCAUCUAUUUUCUUUAUCCUGAUCUCCUUCUUCUUCUUCUUCUUCUUCUUCCUCUUCUUUUUUUUCUCCGAUGUGUCUCGAAAAAACGGCCCGAGAUUUCUAUGGCUUGAUACUGUGACCAUCUGGUGCAACAAACCAGCUGUCGUCAGUGACACUGUUGCAAGCUGAUAUCGAAAAGUGGCUACGAAAAGCCGCAUUAGACGGUCUCUCUCGACGCGUUGUGACAUUGAAUCUACCUUGUUUCGAUGUGUCGAUGAAAGGACGAUUUUGUUUGGCUCUUUUAAAAAGGGGGGAUUUUCUCCUGUCUUUGUUUUUCUUUUUUCUUUUUUUCUUUUUUUUUUUCGUUUCUUUAUCAAUACUAUCUUGCUCAUAAUCGACAAAGUAAAUAAGAUUCAAAGAAAUCUCCGUUCUCUAUAACAACCAGAACAGCGAACACUUCGAUUUUACGAAGCGAUCGCACGAUAAACCGUUUUACGAGCUCGUUUUACCCCUUUCGCCGUCAUCGUAUACGCCUCUCUCGAGCAAAAUGUGUUUCCCCAUCAACAAAUCGAAUCUUUCCGAACUGACUACUUCAGUUUUUUACGAUGAAAAACAUAGAUACGUGCGAGAGAAUCCUCCCUCGAAUAAUCGAUCGAAAAAAUCGAGAAAAUCGAGAAAUCAAGAAAGAAAAGUCCGGAAACGGAAUAAAUGCGUCUCGGAAAGUACAAUUCGAAACAUAAAAAAUAUAAAAUAUGUAUUGUUAUAAAAUCGUCGUGCAUUCAUAUCGCGGCGAAGUAAAAAAAAGUGAUAUUAAUCCUAAUGAUGACGCUCAGUGAAGUGUUGUAAAGAAGUGAACGAAAAGAAAACUAGAGAGAGAGAGAGAGAGAGAGAGAGAGUGGGAGAGAGAGGGAGAGAGAGAGAGAGAGAGAAAGAGAGAGAGAGAAAGAGAGAGGAAGAGAAUG